AUGGCCUGGGUCAACGUACACACCCUACGAACAGAUCGAGCCAGUUACAUGGGGCUAAUUACGGCCCUCGUUCACCCUAAGUACCAAGCAAAUAACUACGCCCAUGACAUCGCCCUCAUAAAGCUGGAGAAAAAGGUGGAUUUAAAAAAAAUGGCUGCCAAAGUGAAGCUGCCCAGCGCUGCUGACAACUUCGGUCCAUCAUCUGAGUGUUGGAUCACUGGCUGGGGGGACGUUAAGAUUGGUGUUCCACUGCCGUAUCCAGAAACCCUUCAGGAGCUGAAGAUUCCCAUCCUUCCUAACAGUGUGUGUAACGCCAAGUAUCCUGACCUGGCUGCUGACACGCUGUGUGCAGGGGACAUGGCUGGAGGGAAGGACCCAGCCAUGGGGAUUAUGGCGGCCCGCUGAUGUGCCGCACAAAGGGUGGCUUCGUGCAGGUGGGCAUCAUGAGUCAUGGGAGUUGUGGUCUCCCAGACAAACCUGGCGUCUACACCCAAG